UGACGUCGUAACUAGAGAAAAAGACACUCGCGUGCGUGCGCGCGCAUGACGGACUCGGCUGUUCAGGUCUCCGCUCGGCGGCUCGUGGCUCGAGCUUUUAAAUUUAUUCUAUAAUUCUUUUUUAUUACCUUGAAAUGCUUGGUCCGUCUUAUCAUACACGGCAAUUCGGCAGCUUCUUGCUCUCCUUCCUUUUGUAAUAUGUCCACUUCCGGCUGCCAGUCGGUAGUGUGAAACCGAGGAACACCGAGCUCACGCGCAUUCGUUUCGUCCAGGACGCUUUUGAAGAUGUUUGACACGCGCGGGAUUCCCUUCGUCCUCCUGGACAUCGCCUGUCUGAUCCUAGCUGGCCUUCCUCUGGCGGCCUUUAACCUGGGUAAAAUCAAGCCCUAUCAGAGGGGCUUUUUCUGUAACGACGAGAGCAUCGCUUACCCAUUUCACUCCAGCACCGUCACCUCCACUGUGCUGUACACGGUGGGCUUCAUACUGCCCAUCUGUAGUAUGAUCAUUGGCGAGUGUGUUUCAGUGUAUCUAAAACGUAUCAAAUCAAAGUCCUCUUUCAGCAACAGCUAUGUCGCCUGCCUCUAUAAAGCCAUUGGCACCUUCGUGUUCGGUGCCGCCAUGAGCCAGUCCCUCACCGACAUCGGCAAGUACUCGAUCGGCCGCCUGCGACCUCACUUCCUGGAUGUGUGUAAGCCUGACUGGAACUCCAUCAACUGCUCGAGUGGAGCUUACAUCGAGACAUUCUCCUGCUCUGGCGACCCGAAGAUGGUAAAUGAAGCCAGGUUGUCCUUCUACUCCGGCCACUCCUCCUUCUCCAUGUACUGUAUGCUCUUCUUGGCACUUUAUCUGCAGGCUCGGAUGAAGGACGAAUGGGCUCGACUCCUGCGACCCACCAUCCAGUUCUUCCUGAUCGCUGCAUCUGUAUAUACCGGACUGUCCCGCGUGUCUGACUAUAAACACCACUGGAGCGACGUCCUCACAGGCCUCAUACAGGGAGCCGUCAUGGCCUUACUGGUGGUAUUCUUCGUGUCCGAUUUCUUCAAGAAGCCGGCGGCCCCGCAGAAAGAGGACGAGAUGGCGCACACCACUCUACAGGAGACGCCGACUAACGGAAACCACUACGACAUCACUAACUGAAGCUGCAAAGGAAGCGUGGAUCUGCGUCUCGCCGUUCCGGCGGCCCAGGCCGGACGUCCCGAGCGCGCCGACCGUGAGGAAGGACCACUGGGGUGGAAACCUGUGAAUGUAACCCCCUUGCUUCCCCCCCACCCCCAACCUCUGCUAUACCCAGAGACUCUGCGUCCCAUGAUGCCUUUGGGCUGCUGAUGCUGCUUUCCUGUGUAUGAUGCUAACAGAUUUGCUCCAGAAUAACGAAAAAUAACUCACUAUACACUUUUUUUUUUUUAAUUAAAAUUGUAUUAAAACACUAUGUACAAAAAAAAAACCCCACAUUAUGCUAUUCGAAGACAAAAGAAUGGAGACGUUUUUACAGUUGUGAACCUGAACGUUAAUAAAUAUGUUCCGUCCG